AUGAAUGAAAUCAAGAAGAUGGAACCACUAGCAUAUGAUCAUCUAAUGAAGAAGGACCCUAAAACUUGGAGUAAAGCAUUCUUUCAAACUGAUAGGGCAUGUGAUGCAUAUGAAAAUGGUGUUUCUGAGAGUUUUAACUCAAUCAUUGCAGCUGCCAGGAAGAGACCUCUAAUCACUAUGUUAGAGGAAAUUAGAAUUUAUGUGAUGGAGAGACUGUGUAUACAAAAAAGUAAGGGAAGUUCUUGGGGAGACUUAAACAUAUGUCCUACCAUCAGACUGAAAUUGUCCAAGAUUAAGACACUUCAAAGAUUUUGGAGAGUUGUACCAUCUGGUUAUCAACAAUUUGAAGUGAGACUUUUACAAGAUGCAUAUGCUGUAGACCUUGGUAAGAAAACAUGUGGAUGUAGAGGCUGGCAAUUAACUGGUUACCCUUGUGUACAUGCAUAUGUUGCAAUUUCAAACCUCAAUAGGGAUCUAGAGGACUAUGUAUCACCAUGGUUGACCACAACAAUGUUUUGUAAUGCCUACUUGUACACCAUUAAGCCACUAAAUGGUAGUGAUAUGUGGCCUGAUGUGGAUUACAUCAAGCCAUUGCCUCCCAAAAUGAGAAGAAUGCCAGGAAGACCAUUAACAAAAAGGAAAAGGGAUCAGAUUGAGAAUGAACUAAAGGGCAAUAAGCAUACAGUCUCAAAAAGGGGAAUUGCUAUGAGAUGCAGCAUAUGCAGAGAAUCAGGGCAUAAUAAAGCAAAAUGUCCUCAAAAACCAAGUGGGGAAUCCUCAAAUCCAAAGUCAAAGUCAAAAAAUAAAAAAGCCAACAAAAAAGGUAAAGUGAAGGUUGAAUUGAAUCAAGAAGUUGAUUUGGAAAGUGAUAGUGACAGUGAAGUUCAAAGGGAGCCUGAUAGUGAGGUGGAGUCUUAUGAAGUUGAUUAUGAAGAGGGUAAUCAUACAUAUGAAGAUGUAGACCAACUUGAGGUUGAAGCUGAAGAACAGGUUGAAGUUGGAGGGGUUGAAGAACAGGUUAAAGUUGAAGAACAUGUUGAAGCACUUGUUGAAGUUGAAGUUGAAGAAGGUGAAUACCAGGCUGGAGAUGUAGAUCAAGUUGAACAGGUUGAAGUUGAAGUAAUUCAAGAUCCAGUUGGACAAGAUGACCAAGGACAGGCUGCAGUCCAAGAUCCAGUGGAAGAGGAGCAUAUGAUGGAAGUACCAGCAUUUCAGGUUCUACAGGGAAAGAGAAGAAGGAAACCUUCAGAAAGAAUCACAAAAAUUCAAAUAAGAAAGAAGUGGGAGGGAAAAGAGGGGAGUAGUUGUGAUAAACCAAUGGAAUUGGAUUAG